AUGUCACACGCAGCCCGUCUCUUCUCGUCGUCAGCGCGGCGGAGCAUACCCAAGCCACGCCUCGACUACCAACGCCUACUGUCCGACCCAGCCCUGACAGCUCAAAAUGCAAAACUCCGCGCGUUUCCUCUCCCUUCAGAUCACCUGUCAAGACUCUCAGAUCUGCGGACUUCUCAGCGUGAACUUAUGAGACUGUUGAACGCUUCGCGGGCCAAGCAGAGAGAGGUGGGCAACCUCAUGAAGCAGGGUAAAGGCUCGCCGGCCGAGGAUAUCAAGCAGCAAGCCAAAGAUCUCAAAACCCAGGUCAAAGAGUACGAAUCUGCGCUCUUGGCUGCCGAAGAGAACUUGCUGGAUAUGGCCCUGGCUUUACCCAACUUCUCGCAUCCCUCGACACCUAUAGGUCCAGAGGAGAAGGCUGUGACCCUCGAGACCUUCGGACCCCCACCUACUCCUGCCGACCAAGCAAGGGAUCACACCGCAUUCGCCGCAUACUUUGGAAUUCUCUCCCCUUCGUCCUCUGCCACCACCACCGGCGCUUCAUGGCCAUACCUCAUCGGGCCUCUCGCUCUCUUGGAACAGGCCUUGAUCAACUAUGCUCUCAGUAUCGCUGUGAAGAAGGGUUACCGUCCAGUGGCCCCGCCUGAUGUGAUCAAGAGCGACAUUGCCUGGCGAUGUGGUUUCCAACCCCGAGACCCCUCUGGAUCUUCUUCCCAGACAUACCACCUCCUCCCCACGUCUGCCUCUAAAAAGGCCGAGCCUCUCUGCCUCACUGGCACGUCCGAGAUUCCGCUGGCAGGCAUGUUUGCAGAGACAAUUUUCCCAGCGCCAGAUCUGCCGCAAAAGGUGGUCGGCGUGGGAAAGGCAUUCAGGGCUGAAGCUGGUGCCAGGGGGGCGGACACGAGGGGUCUCUAUAGGGUGCAUCAGUUCACCAAGGUUGAGCUGUUUGUAGUUUCAGACCAGGAGGGAAGUGAAAAGUGCAUGGAAGAGCUCAAGGAAAUACAGAAAGAGAUUGCACAGGGUUUGGGAUUGAGUGUCCGAGUGUUGGACAUGCCGACAGAGGAACUCGGCGCGAGCGCACAGAGAAAGUACGAUAUGGAAGCGUGGAUGCCCGGGCGUGGUAACUGGGGAGAGGCAAACUAUCAAGCCCGCCGUCUCGCCAUUACUUACCGCCCCGCCCCCAGCUCGCCUACAGCGUCGAUAGAACCGUCCUCUGGUCCUCUGCCAUUCGCGCAUACUCUCAACGGUACAGCGGCAGCCAUCCCGAGACUGCUCGUGGCGCUGCUCGAGAAUGGAUUGACGUAUGAGAAGAAGGGAGAAGAUGUGGUGUAUACCGGGCUGAGAUUGCCAGAGGUAUUGAAGAGGUUCUAUGUUGGCGGGGAUGAGCUGGGAGAGAAGGGCAAGAAGGGAGUCAUUACCUGGGUAUAG